GCAACUUUCUGCAAGUGCAAUUUAGAAAGACUCCAAUUUGAUGCUUAUUGCUGAGCAAACAAGAAUAUAAUCUAGUAAUGGAGUUUCUUUACCGGGUUCUUCUUCUUCUUCUUCUUCUUCUUCUCUGCGUGCUUGCAUUCAUGAGUUUUGACAUUGCUGAAUCUGCUAACUGCUACAAUACAGGGAACUUCACCGUAAACGGUACGUAUGGCAUGAACCGCGACCUCGCUCUCUCUUCUUUAGCCUCUAAUACCUCAGAGAAUGGUGGUUUCUACAAUACCACUGUUGGUGAAGAUCCCAAUAAGGUAUAUGCUCUAGCGCGUUGCAGGGGAGACCAAUCUGCAAAGGAUUGUUCCAGUUGUAUCAAUUCAACAAUCCCAGAUUUCAUCACCAACUGUCCAAACCAAAAAGAAGCAGUUUCAAUGGGAGACUGUACGAUACACUACGCAAACCGCUGCUUCUUCGGAAAUCUUGAGUUAUCUCCGAUAUAUCAAAUCACUAAUACAGAUGACCUCACCGUAAAUUUGACACAGUUUGAUCAGAUUUGGGAGAGUUUAAUGGAUGGUUUAGUGAGAAAUGCUUCUGCUGUAACUUCUGGGCUUAAGUUUGCCACAGGAGAAACAAAGUUAACAAAAUUUCAAACAAUUUUUGCCCUUAUGCAAUGCACUUCCGAUUUAUCAAAAGGGGAUUGUGAUUUCUGCCUUAGGCAAUCCGUGAGUGAUUAUGAAAGCAGGUUCCAUGGAAAGAAAGGGGGUUUUGUUCACAAACCGAGCUGUUUUUUCCGGUGGGAAUUGUAUCCCUUCUAUACCCGUCUUCCACCUCCACCUAGCAGUCCCUCGUUGCUUUCUAGUAGUCCGUUUUCAAAUUCAAAAAGUAACACAACCGCAAAAGACAGCAGGCAUAUUGCUACACAAACUGUUACAAUUGUUGUUGUUUCAACCACUGGUUUUAUGGCAAUUGUUGCCAUCGCUUGUUCUCUUCUCCGAAAGAGAUGGAAGUCAAAGCAUGCAGUUAAGGGUAUGGAUGAAAGUAUUAGUGCUGAGUCCAUGCGAUUUGACUUUGCUACAAUAAGGGUUGCCACUGAUAACUUUUCCAACGAGAACAAGCUAGGAGAAGGUGGAUUUGGUGUUGUUUAUAAGGGAAAGCUUCAGGAUGGGCGAGAUAUAGCUGUAAAGAGACUUUCUAAAAAUUCUGAACAAGGAGAGAUUGAAUUUAAGAAUGAAGUCUUAUUAAUGGCAAGACUUCAACACAGGAAUUUGGUUAAACUCCUAGGUUUUUGCUUGGAAUGGAACGAAAGGCUUCUCAUCUAUGAGUUUGUUCCCAACUCAAGCCUUGAUCACUUUAUAUUCCAUCCAGUCAAACGUUUACUACUAGAUUGGAACAAAAGAUACAAAGUCAUAGAGGGAAUAGCUAAAGGGAUUCUGUACCUCCAUGAAGAUUCUCAAUAUCGAAUCAUCCAUCGUGAUUUAAAAGCUGCCAAUGUUCUGUUAGAUGCAAAAAUGAAUCCAAAAAUUUCAGAUUUUGGCAUGGCAAGGUUAUUUGUAGGGGAUCAAACACAAGCUAAUUCAAGUAAAAUUGUUGGAACGUUUGGAUAUAUGGCUCCAGAGUACGUGAUGAAUGGGAAUUUUUCAAUUAAGUCUGAUGUUUAUAGCUUCGGUGUGCUAGUUCUUGAGAUCAUCAGCGGUCAAAAAGUCUAUCUCAGUAAUGGAGAAGAAGGGGAGAAUCUUCUAACUAACGCAUGGGAAAAUUGGAUGGAAGGGACUGCUCUGAAUUUUAUAGAUCCCAUUUUGAGGGAUGGUUCAAGGAGGGAAAUGUUGAGAUGCUUGCAGUUAGGCUUACUAUGUGUUCAAGAAAAUGUUGCUAGAAGGCCAACCAUGGCCUCUGUUGUUCUCAUGCUUGGUAGCAACUCUGUAUCUCUUCAAGUGCCCUCAAAACCAGCAUUUCUUAUGCACUCUAUCAUUAAGCCAGAGUCCUCAUCAUUUGCAUCUGCAUCUGCUCAAUCCAGACGAAGAUCUAUUGAUUUCUCAGUAAAUGAAGAUACAACAUCUGAUUUUGAUCCUCGAUAGAGUUUGUGAAUUAAGUUGUAAAUUUAUAGUGCUUUUGUGAAUAAUCAGCACUAUGUUGACUUUGUAUUACUAUAUAAACUUGGUUUGUUUGUUUUGCAGAAUUCUUCUUUGAGUAGGUAGGUUCGUUAUCACUUAAUCUUAGGUUAGUUUAAUUCAAGUGAUUCAAGUCUAGAGUUAGCAUUCGAAGCAGACAUGUUAUUCAACAAAACUGGAGACUGUAU